AUGCCCGGCACCCAAAUCUUUGGGACUCUCCCUGCUGAAGGUAUGACCAACACAGAGGUCAUCACUGAGAUGUCUAAGUACCACGAUAUGAAGCGAACCUUCUGGGAAAAGGGUCGUGUAAGUGGAGCUGUCUACCACGGAGGUAAGGAGCUCACAGACCUGCAAUCCGAGGCAUUCUCCCAGUUCACAGUGGCGAACCAGCUUCAUCCCGAUGUCUUCCCGGGUGUCCGAAAGAUGGAGUCUGAGGUUGUUGCUAUGGUUCUGGCUCUUUUCCAUGGCCCUGAGGGCUCUUGCGGAACCUCUACAUCUGGAGGUACCGAGUCUCUCCUGCUGACUUCUCUGGCCGCCAAGAUGAAGGCCUACAACGAGCGAGGCGUCACACAUCCCGAGAUUAUUGCUCCUAUCACUGUGCAUGCCGGCUUUGACAAGGCUGCCUACUACUUUGGAAUGAAGCUGCGACAUGCCCCCGUCGAUCCGAAGACUAUGAAGGUUGAUCUGAAGGCUGUGCGACGAAUGGUUACCAGAAACACCGUUCUGCUAGUCGGAUCUGCCCCCAACUUCCCCCAUGGUAUUAUCGAUGACAUCGAGGGCCUCUCUGAUAUCGCUCUCAAGCACAAAAUCCCCCUGCAUGUGGAUGCUUGUCUGGGCUCCUUUAUCGUCCCUUACCUUGAGAGAGCUGGCUUCGACAAGAUCCUGUUCGAUUUUCGAGUCCCUGGUGUCACUUCCAUCUCAUGUGACACCCACAAGUACGGAUUUGCCCCCAAGGGAUCUUCUAUCAUCAUGUACAGAACACCCGAGCUUCGACAUUACCAGUACUUUGUUGCACCCGACUGGACCGGAGGUAUCUACGGCUCUCCCACUCUUGCUGGCUCUCGUCCUGGAGCCAUCAUGGUCGGAUGCUGGGCCACCAUGCUAUCUGUCGGAGACAACGGAUACUUGGAGUCUUGUAAGGAGAUUGUCGGAGCUGCCCGAAAGUUUCGAAAAGCUGUGGACGAGGAGAUUCCUGACCUCCAGAUCAUUGGAGAUCCUCGAGCAUCUGUUAUCGCCUUCGGUUCUGACUCUGUCAACAUCUACGAUCUAUCUGAUGCCAUGAGCAAGAAGGGAUGGCACUUGUCGACUCUGCAGAACCCCCCAGCUGCCCACGUAGCGUUCACCAAGCCUGCUGUGGCUGCUGUAGACGAUCUGGUUUCUGAUCUCAAGAGCUGCAUUAUCGAAAUGAAGAAGGCCGGCAAUACCAAGGUGGAGGAUGGAACGGCUGCUUUCUACGGUGUGGCUGGUUCCAUCAAGACCGCUGGAGUUGCUGACCGGCUUGUGUGCGGUUUCCUUGAUGGUCUAUACAAGCUAUAG